AUGACGUCCCCCGUCGCACCCGGCAGCCUCAGCGCCAAGCGCACCAUCGUCUUCCUCGGCGGCUCGGGCGGCGUCGGCCUGGCGGCGCUAACGCGCGCGCUCGGGGCGGGCCACAACUGCGUGGCGCUGUGCCGGACGCCGGCGAAGCUGACGGACCGGUUCGCGCCGGCGGGGCCGCCGGCGAACCUGCGCGUCGAGCCCGGCAACGCCCACGACGCCGCCGCCAUCGCCCGCUGCCUCGUGUGGGCCCGCGACGGCCCCGGCGGCCCCGUCCUCGCCGACACCGUCGUCUCCUCCAUCGGCGGCGUCUUCCAGCUCGCCCGCCGCACCAUCGACGACCCGCACGUGUGCGAGCAGGGCGCGCGCGCGCUCCUCGACGCGCUCGCCCUCGUCCGCGCCCAGUUCGACCUCGCAGCCUCCCCGUCCCCGUCCCCGCCCGCCUCGGAGGCGGCGGCGGCGGCGGCGGCGUGGCGCCCGCGCAUCGUCGCCGUCAGCACGUGCGGCAUCAGCGAGAGCGGCCGCGACUUCCCGCUCGCCGAGACGCCCGUCUACCACCUGCUGCUGCGGGUGCCGCACGCGGACAAGAAGGUGAUGGAGGAGGUGCUGGUCGGGGGCGCCGCGGCGGGAGCCUACGCCUACACGCUGGUGCGGCCAAGCCUGCUGACCGACGACGCGGGCAAACCGGAGCGCCGGGUGCGAGCGGGCGCGGGUGCCGCGCCGGCCAUCGGGUACGGCAUCUCGCGCGACGACGCCGGCCGCUGGAUCUACGAGAACCUGCUCGAGAACGCGGGUGAGCGGGCGAAGUACGAGAACCAGGUCGUGACGAUUACGUGGUGA